AUGGCCUCUUCUGUUUCUGCGAUGUCCCGACUCAGGGCAGAGUUGAAGGCUUCUAUUAAGGAACCGGAAAAUGAAACCUACCUGUACCUCCGGCCGGUCGAUGGAGAUGACAUUCUGCUCUGGGAAGCCGUAUUGAAGGGGCCAGAUGAUACACCAUACGAGGGUGGACUUUGGCACCUUAACAUUGCAAUCCCGCCAGAAUACCCCCUCAAGCCGCCGACCAUCCACUUCACCACUAAGAUAAUCCACCCAAACAUCGACUUCGAGAAUGGCAAACUCUGUUUUUCACUCUUGGAUGAGGAAUGGUCUGCGGUUAUGACUCUCCAGACCACACUCAAGUCUAUUCAGUGGCUUUUGAGGUAUCCGAAUCCGGAUUCGCCGCUGAAUGUUGAAAUAUCGGUUCUACUGCGUAAAGGGGAUAUGGCUGGUUAUGAGAGUGUUGUCCGGUACUUGACCGAGGAGAUGCGCUUGGAAGAUGCUCAGAACCUUGUGCGGUGA